AUGAAUCGUGCUCAUCAACACCAGCCACAACACGGUAAUCAUCCUGCAGUAAUCAAACAGCAAUAUGAUUCACAAAACGUAUGGGAAUUUGAAAAUAAAUGGGAAGCAGGACUAUGUGGUUGUAAACCAAUGAGUCGAUGCUGUUUUUCAUGCUGUUGUUUCUGUUGCAUGGGCUGCAAAUUAGCAAGUCGUUUAGGCGAAGCAGCCAUUAUUGGUUGUUUUCCAUGUACAUUAUGUUAUCUACGAACGAAGUUACGAACAGCACGACGUAUUGAUGGCUUCUGUUGCGGCGAUUUGUGCUCAGCUUGCGUUUGUGGUCCAUGUGCAGCAACACAAAUUGCCUUUGAACUCGAACAUCAAGGCUUGUGGGAUGAAGAGCCAGCAAAAAAGAGUAAACCUGUGCGAAAUGAUCGUUAUAAUUAA